UAGCGGACUGAUCAGCUAACGGAGAGAAUCAUCCCUUUUUCUUCUCUCGUAAUAACGUUUGAAUAUCUGCAAACCUCUCCCGCCGAUCGCGAAUUUCCAUUCGAUACUUUCCGACGACUCUCCGGCGAGAUAUCCGAUCAGGUAGUUUAUAUUCCAAACGAGGAAGGGAUGGGUGUAAAACAAGCAUUAAAAAGCCUUGAUGCGUUUCCGCGUGCAGAAGAGCACUUGUUGCAGAAAACUCAAUCGGGAGCGCUUGUUUCAAUUAUUGGUCUAGUGAUAAUGGCCACACUAUUCUUGCAUGAGCUGAGAUAUUAUCUUUCCACAUAUACAGUUCAUCAGAUGGCUGUUGAUUUAAAACGCGGGGAAACUCUUCCAAUCCACAUUAAUAUGACAUUCCCUUCCCUACCUUGUGACGUGUUAAGUGUGGAUGCCAUUGAUAUGUCAGGCAAGCAUGAAGUGGAUCUUGAUACGAAUAUAUGGAAACUUCGCCUGAAUAGUGAUGGCUAUGUCAUUGGCACUGAAUAUUUGUCGGACCUUGUGGAAAAGGAACAUACUGUUCGUAAGCAUGAUGAGGACAACAAUCAUCUGCAUGGUUUUGAUCAAGAUGCUGAAAAUAUGAUUAAGAAGGUGAAGCAAGCACUGUCUGUUGGAGAAGGAUGUCGGGUUUAUGGUGUUUUAGAUGUCCAAAGGGUUGCUGGGAACUUUCAUAUUUCAGUUCAUGGGUUAAACAUUUUUGUGGCACAAAUGAUUUUUGAAGGAGCUACUCAUGUCAAUGUAAGUCAUAUUGUUCAUGACAUGUCAUUCGGGCCAAAAUAUCCGGGACUUCAUAAUCCGCUGGAUGGGACUGCACGAAUUCUUCACAGUGCAAGUGGAACAUUCAAAUAUUACAUAAAGAUUGUUCCGACUGAGUACAAAUAUCUCUCGAAAGAAGUUUUGCCAACUAAUCAAUUCUCUGUUACGGAAUAUUUCUCCCCUAUGAACGAGUUUGAUAGGACAUGGCCAGCUGUCUACUUUUUGUAUGAUUUGUCACCAAUUACCGUGACUAUCAAAGAAGAACGUCGUAAUUUUCUUCACUUCAUCACUCGGCUUUGUGCAGUAUUAGGUGGUACUUUUGCUGUAACAGGAAUGCUAGAUCGUUGGAUGUACAGAUUUAUUGAGAUGCUGACAAAACCGAACACAGGAACUAAAUUUCGUUAAAGUUGAGGUUUCUACAAUUGCCAUGAAAUUAGAUGCAUUUCCAAGGAUCUGUUAAAUCAAUUGAGAAUCAUCAGUGUAUAACUCCACAAAGCAAGAGCACGAGGGCCUUGUUCUACUGGGGAAAGACUUUGUGUAACUUACUGUUUUUUAUUUUUUUAUUUUUUAUACGACCAUUGAUACAUUUUGUUUUGCAAGAUCGGGUACCAUAUUUAUAUUUGAUUUAAAUUCAAUAUAUUUUAAAAUGUGGGGAUAUGCUUAAUAUAUUGUACAUGUA